CGGGGAGAUGGUUUCCUAGGCGACGGCAGAGGCUGGCGAACACAGAGUGCGCCGCGCUCAGCCCGCUCCGGCUCUGCCCACGCGGGGUCCUUGGAGGCCCAGCAGUUUCAACUGGAUAAAAUAUUCUUCAUUUCCUGCUUUAAACUGUUGGGUAGAGAUACUUUGUGUUAAAUAGUGCAGCAGCAUUUCAAAGAUACUCUACUAUGAUUAUUACUUUUAAAUACUCAGAAAAUGAUCCAAAGUCAUAACCAGAACACAGAGGAAAUAAUUAAAGAGCUGUGCACUUCUAAUGGAUUGUCUUAUGAGAAAAUUGAUAAAGAGGGACCAGAAACGACUACACUGGAGAUGUUUUUUUCAGGUUAUCCCAUGAUAGCAGGCAUGCCAUUUUUCCCAAAUUUGACAACUCUCACUCUCGUUGGACAAAGCAUUCAGAAGAUUUCAGAUCUGGAGUAUUGUCCAUUACUCAAAAACCUAUGGAUUGCUGAAUGUUGCUUAACGAAAAUUGAUGGUCUGCAACACUGCACUAAUUUGGAAAAGCUUUACCUGUACUACAAUGAAAUUUCUACAAUUGAAAAUCUGGAGACCCUAAUGAAGCUGGAGAUAAUUUGGUUGAAUAACAACCAAAUUAAGGAGAUACAGGGAUUACACACUCUGCAGAAUUUAAAGGAGCUCAAUCUGGCUGGAAACUUAAUACAUAAAAUUGGAACUUGCUUUGACCCCAAUGAACAACUGGAAAGAUUAAACCUCUCUGGUAACAGAAUAUGUUCCUUCAAGGAACUCUCUAAUUUAGCAAGCCUACCACAUUUAAAAGAUUUGAGUCUGAAUGAUCCUCAGUAUGACCCCAACCCUAUUUGUCUUCUCUGUAAUUAUGCUACACAUGUGCUGUAUCAUAUGCCUCAGCUUCAAAGGCUGGACACAUAUAAUGUGUGUCAAAAGCAAAUCAAGGUCCUGGCAGAGGCUACAGUGAUGAAAAAGAUAAUGUACUAUAACAUGCGCGUAAAGAGUGUUCAUAGGCAGCUCAAUGAGGAGCUUGAAAAGCUGAAAGAAAGAAAAUGCAAAUUGCAAAAAUUGCCAGAAGAUCGAAUAAAAUUGUUCAAGUGCAACAUAAAACAUCUGGAACAUGAACUGACAGAGCUGCAGACAUCAGGCAAAAUACAGAAUAACAAAUCUAUUAAGAGUAAAAGGCUGGAAAUUGAAAAAUCAAUUGAAGAUGGUGAGAACACAGAUGAAGCCAGUGAGGAGUCAAGUCUUGAGAGGAAGUUCCUUCUGAAAUUAGAUGCACUGAGGGAAAGGAUAACAUUCUGGAACAGAAAAUUAGAUGAAAUUGAGAAAAUUUACCAGAUGGAAGUUAAAAAAAAGAAGAAAAGCAAUAGCUUAGUAGUGCAGUUCUUGGUGACUGAAUUGGAAACAGUGGGCAACACUCGCUUUGAAGAAGGCUCACCAAGUGAUUCUUGGUUUAAUUCCUGCUAUGAUUUAAUUCUAUCACGAUUUUGUGCCUGGGACUUCAAAGCAUAUAGUAUCACAGGACUGAAAAUAAAUCGCAUCAUUCGAGUGCACAACCGUAUCCUGAGGAUGAUAUUUGAAGAGAAGUUUCAAAUGUUUUUGGAUAAAGAAGUUUUAAGUGAAACAGAAAACUACAGGAAGAUGCUGGAAUGUCUCUUUUAUGUAUUUGACCCAGACUUGCCAGUUAAGAAAAAGCAACUGCUACAAGUGCUUGAGGAUGGGUUCCAGGCAAUGGAAGAGCACAAGCGUUCAAGAAGAGAAGAAGCUGUUCUCCUGUCUAACAGUUUAAGUAUAUGUGAAUGUCCCAGAAUAGAAUUUUUGCAGCAACAAAUGAAGGAUGAACGUAAAAAUAACAAUGAUCUUGAGGAACCAUUCAUACAUGGGAAACUCAUAAUUGCAAAAGUUUUUCUUGGACAUAGUGUUCCAGCUUGUGAAAAAGAUCCCAUCAGUCAAGUCAACUAUCCAGGGGCUAAUUCAGUAUUCAGGCCUCGGAAAUAUUUACUAAGUGAUACAUCUGCUGCCAAUGAUGAAACAUAUUCUUCCAUGGAACAUAGAAACUGUGACUGCCGCCAUCGACAGUGUGAGUGGUUUGUGUUUGAUCACGAACUGGUCUUGCCUGAAUACGUCGUUGAAUUUGAGUACACUACACUGGUCAAAGUUCAGUCCCUGUUUUCUACGCUCAGCAAUGUAAUUGUAGAAGAAAGAAAGAAAAAUACAGAAGGAUUUAUAUUAUCUAGUGAUUUGCAAUGUGAUGACGAAGUUAUGAAUAUGGAGCCUACGGUAAAAGCCAGACCCAAAAUUGUUUGCUUGGAUGAAAAGACAGUGCUUUCAGUUGCUAAGGCCAAUAUUUACAGUCAAAUAACGGUUCUGAAUUUGCAUGGGAACAGCCUGAGCAAACUGCGGGACAUCUCUAAACUGACAGGGCUUCGAAAACUUAUUGUCAGCUUCAAUGAAUUUACUAGUUUAGAUGAUGUUUACCACAUGCCCAAUCUGGAGUAUUUUGAUGCAAGCCACAACCAUGUGAUCACCCUGGAGGGUAUUAGAGGCUUAAGCAGACUGAAGUAUUUAGACUUGAGCUGGAAUCAACUGAAAAAGACUGGAGAGGAAAUAAAUGUCUUACAUAAACACACUUCAAACGUACUCAGUCUUGAUAUCAGACAUAACCCAUGGCAUAAGCCAGCCUCAUUGCGUUUGAGUGUCAUUGGCCGAUUAAAGGCUCUUACUCAUUUAGAUGGAGUCCAGAUUACUGAAGAAGAGGCUGCAGCUGCUUUGUGUUUUAUUGCUGGAUCAAAGAUUUCUCAGGCAUCUCUAUUAGAACAUUCUAGGACUGAUGAAGCUAGACCACGCGUUCUGAGUGUACAUCCUUAUGCCAAAAUUCUGACUCAAAUUAGCAAGAACAAGGUGGAUUCACAAACACAUUUCAGUAGCAGCUGGUAUCCUAGGAUCACAGUCUUAGAUCUGGAUGGACAACAUCUCUCCAAAAUUGCCAACUUGGAAAAAUUGGAGAAUUUAAGAUGGGCCUCAUUUAGCAACAAUAAUCUCACCAAAAUAGAAGGACUGGAAUCUUGCCUUAAUCUUGAAGAGCUCACUUUAGAUGGAAACUGCAUCUCAAAUCUAGAAGGAAUUUCAAAACUCACCAAACUAACACGACUUAGUGUAAAUAAUAAUCAUCUCACCACCCUGGAAAGACGCGUUUUUGAAAACUUGUCUCAUCUUCACUACCUCUCUCUUGAGAGCAACAGAAUUACUUCAUUGGUUGGUUUGCAGAAAGCCUAUGCACUAAUAGAACUAUACAUCAGCAAUAACUAUGUUUCUACCUACCAAGAGAUAUAUCAUUUAAAGGGUUUAAAUAAUCUGGUCAUGCUGGACAUGUAUGGAAAUCUAAUUGUGUGGAAACAAGAUAACUACCGAUUGUUUGUAAUAUUCCAUCUUCCAUCUCUCAAAGCCUUAGAUGGCACUGCAGUAGAGACAGCAGACAUCGAGAGUGCUAAAGAUUUAUUUGGUGGCAGACUUACCUGUGAUAUGAUUGCAGAAAGACUAGGACAUUCGGACUUCACUAAAAUGCACGAAUUAAAUUGGACAACCUCUAUGAUCAGAACGGUGGAUCUUGUACCAGCAGACCAGUUUAGAAAUGUUUGUAAUGUGAAUUUACAGAACAACAAUCUCACCUCUUUCAGUGGUUUAAUCUUCUUGCCUAAUGUCAAGAUAUUGUGUCUGAAUUACAAUCACAUUGAAUCAGUACUGCCCAGACAAAAGCCUCAAAAUCACUUAACAAACAGACAGCAGCUGUACCAGAAAGUGACCUCUAGUGGCUAUGGACAGCAAGGAUCUUCAAAAGUAAGCAGGGAUGCAGGAUUUGGUGAAAAUCUGCCCCCAAUAAUGCAAAGUUUAGAAGUUCUUCAUUUGGGCUACAAUGGAAUUAGUAACUUGGCCCAGCUACAACUUAGUAGACUAAAAAAUUUGAAAUUGCUGUUUCUACAGGGUAAUGAAAUCAGUCAAAUCGAAGGACUUGAAGGUCUACAGCUUCUGCAGGAGUUGGUAUUGGAUCAUAAUCGUGUCAAAACAAUUACAGAGGGCUCCUUUGCUCGACAGACCUCCCUUUUGGCACUUCACCUAGAGGAAAACCGACUACGAGAACUGAACAAUUUACAGCCUUUAGUAAAAUUACAGAAACUUUUCUUGGGAUUUAAUAAAAUUCAGGAAUUGUCUGAACUGGAAAAACUUGAAGUUGUUUCUAGUCUUAAAGAGCUUUCGAUAUAUGGAAAUCCAGUUACUCGCAAGAUGUCCCACCGUCCACUGCUUGUGUUUCGAUUGCCCAACCUGCAAGUGUUAGAUGGAAUUACAGUGAGCACGGAGGAGAGGGCAAGAGCUGAGCUUCAUUUAAUAGAACAACAAGGAAUCCCAGUUGCAAACUCCCCUAUGGACUGUGGAUUUCCUGGAUUACCAAUUACCUUUUCAAAACAUCCUCCCAUGAGAGUAACAAAUGUGAAUCUGCUUGAGGGCAUCAAUCAUUUAUUUGGAUCUGACCUCAUGUUUCCUCAUGUAUUUGAAGAUCCUUUACUGAAUGAGGCAAAUAAACAUAAGAAAUCUAAGAACCCAGGAAUGGUGACAAAUAAUCCUCGAAGCAUCCAUGCAGAAAUAGCUCUCAGGCAAGUAAAAGGAGCAACAGCUAAUCUUCUAAACCAGUUGACACAACAGAGUGGCACUACCCGAAGUGCAUUUGUACACCAGAACAGCAGAGAAAAUGACGGCAGGUGGGCUCCCUUGCCUGAAUAGUUCCAUGCUAACACAGAUGUUCCAGGGCAAAUGGUCAGAGGAAAUGACCAACGGACAUUCAUAGCUAAUUCGUAAAGGGUGAAUUUUACCCCCCAGUGUGUAGGCCUUUUGCUGGCCCUCUGUGCAGGACUCAACGUCUCCCACACUACUUAAUUAGAAUGUUGUUGCUCUGAUGUGUGCACUUAUUUUUACUUGGGGCAGAAGUAUUUUUCACUUAAAGCUGUGUGUAUUAUUCUUUCCUUGGCAAGUGGAUUGAUUUACACUAGAACAGAGGUAGUCACACCAGUCCUUUUUAUGUUUAAAACGACCAACUACACAGAGAGUGGAGGAGAUGAUGUGGGAAGGAUUCUGCAUUAAUAGAAAUGCCUGCUUUACCGGAAACAGCACAUUUGUUCCUAAAUUCUCUUCCAGCUCUUUUGCACGAUGGCCAUGCUUUCCUUGGUGGUUUUCUUU